GAGGAGAGGUCGUGGACUCGGAAGUGAGCCGCAGCGCCCCCUUGUGAGUCUGGCCGGUAAAACCGUCUGAGGAGAGAGGAAAUUGUUAGAAAUCUUCGCACGCGCGUCUGUCCGCCGACAGGACCGAUGGUUAUGAUGCUGUCUAUGAACGUGGCCUGCUGCCAGUGAGACACCCCCCCCCCCUCCUCCUCCUCCUCCUCCAGGGUUGAACCCAUGGUCAACGUGACAGCGCUCCCAGACACACGGUGCCUGCGUACACCGGCCGGGUCAAAGGCUGCGAGGAAGUGGACCACGGCGAAGGGGACGUGUUGUCGGACGCCGCGGAGCAAACGGCAGACGCGUCUGAGGGGACAGAUAGUGGAGGACAGGUCUGGGCCCGGAGCAGCGGCUCUUCCCAGGGAGCAGUAUGCCUCUGUUGCUAGCAGGCUCCUUGCUGGGCUACUGUUAGCUAGGCUAAGCCUCUCCUGCUCCUGAACCGGACUUUACUCUCCCCCCUGAAGCCCGCAUUUCAAAGACAAAUCCCUGUAAGGGCCAUGGACUUCCCCGGCCACUUCGAGCAGAUCUUCCAGCAGCUCAACUACCAGCGCAUCCACGGCCAGCUGUGCGACUGCGUCAUCGUGGUGGGCAGCCGGCACUUCAGGGCCCACCGCUCGGUGCUCGCCGCCUGCAGCACCCACUUCCGGGCGCUGUUCACCGUCGCCGAGGGAGACGCCAGCAUGAACAUGAUCCAGCUGGACAGCGAGGUGGUGACGGCGGAGGCCUUCGCCGCUCUGGUGGACAUGAUGUACACGUCCACGCUGAUGCUGGGGGAGAGCAACGUCAUGGACGUCCUGCUCGCCGCCUCGCACCUGCACCUGAACAACGUGGUGAAGGCGUGCAAACACUACCUGACCACGCGCACGCUGCCCCUGUCCCCGUCGUCGGACAGGCCCUCCCAUCACCACCCGCCGCAGGAGCAGCAGAGGCACAGGCCGGCGCCGCAGCAGCAGCAGCAAACGGCGGACUUGGCAGCCGGCGCCAGCCUCACGGCGUCGGCGGCCACGUCCAAGCUGCAGCGCUCCUUCUUGCUGCAGCAGCUGGGACUCAGCUUGGUGAGCUCUGCGCUGGGAGGCAUGGAGGAGGACGCGGUGGGAGGCAGGGCGGUGGAGCAGAGGGCCGCCUUCCCGAUACGGCGCUUUCACAAACGCAAAGCUCUUCCGGGGAUGGGGCUCUCCGAGGAAAGGCCCAGACAGAGGCAGCGGCCCUCCGCCCCCAGCCGGGGACUCCUAGGAGAGAGCGGGGUCGGCGCAGAAAGGGAGGAGCGAGCGCUUCUGUCGCCAGACUCCCACAAGAUGGGGGACGAGUCCAAGCCGGACGGCGCCAUGGCGGGGUUGGCGCCGGCGGCCCAAGACGACCCCCAGAUGCCGAGCCAGUCGGACAGCGGGCACUGUGAGGAGGAGAGCCUGGUGGGGAGGAUGCAGGGAGGGGUGGGCAAGGAGGAGGACAUCAGCGAUCACGACCACCAGGACGAAAGGGUGGGGGUGAAGAUGAAAUCGGGGACGGAGGAGGAGGAGGCUGAAGAAGAGGAGCAGAAGGUGGUGGUCAAACGAGAGCCGCUCAGUUCGCCCGAGCCAGCGGACGAACACAGCGACGUGACGUCCCAGGCGGAGGGCAGCGACCCGGCCGAGCCGGGGUGCCAGGAGGAGGAGGAGAAGGUGGAGCUGAGCCCGGAGAGCAGCGACCGCAGCUUCACCUCCGAGCCGCGGUCCGGCUCGCAGCUCCUCCUCAAGGGCGGCCUGGCAGCGGGCGCCGGGGUCGCGGCCGCCUUCGGCUGCGGCGGCGGUCUGAGCAGCAAAGCCGGUUUCGGUAUCCCCAGCUUCCUCGGACCGAAGGAUUUCAGCAGCGGCAGGUCGGGGUCGGCCGCCGGGGAGGACGCCCUUCCCAACACGACCACCGGAGACGCGGUGGCGCACCCUUUUCUCCUCAGACAGGACGCGGCUGCCGGCCCGGGCUCUGCCUCGGCGUCGGUGCUGCCGCCCGGGGCUGAGGGCAGAAACGGCUUCGGACACAACCUGCAGCCCGAUUCUCUGUUCCUCCACCCGCUGCACGACGGUUUAGGGAACCCGAGAGGCAGCGCAGGGGGCGGCGGGGGAGGACGCGGAGGGGUGGAUCCCUUCUCCCUGGACUUCCAGCGCUCCAGUUUGGGCCUUCACUCGCUGGGCCGGCCCUCACGGGGAGCAGGAGGGGCAACGAGUGCGAGCGCUCUGGGUUACCAAAGCUACAGGCGCAUCGCCCCGAAAAUGACAGGCGGGAUGGGAGGAGAGGAGGCGGCAGGUGGGACGGUGCAGGACGCCUCCUCCUCCUCUUCCUCGAGCCUAGCCGGUCCCCUGCUCCUCAACGAGAGCGGAGGCUACGAGGUGAACGGCGGCAGGCCCACCUCCCUGCCGCCCCAGCUCACGCGGGCGUCGGCCGACGUCCUGUCCAAGUGCAAGAAGGCGCUCUCGGAGCACAACGUGCUGGUGGUGGAAGGGGCGCGCAAGUACGCCUGCAAGAUCUGCUGCAAGACGUUCCUCACCCUGACCGACUGCAAGAAGCACAUCCGGGUCCACACGGGGGAGAAGCCCUACGCAUGUCUCAAGUGCGGCAAGCGCUUCAGCCAGUCCUCGCACCUUUACAAGCAUUCCAAGACCACCUGUCUGCGCUGGCAGAACAGCAACAUGUCCAGCGCCCUGCUGUAGAGGGGCUUCAGGGGGGUCAACGAGCGCGGCGGUCGCUGAUGCGCUUCAGUUUUAAGGCCUGGAAAUUCACACAUUUUCCUCCCCCUCUGCCACAGUUAUUGGAUCUCAUGCUCUGCUUUCCCCGUAGAAAUCAGCCCUGGCCUCAGGCCAAAGAGAAGGACGAUGUUCUUAUCAACGAUCAACCUGUUACAUAAGGCUAACCCGUUUUAUUCUUAAAAAAAAAAUGUAUAGCUUUGAUUCAUUUCACUGUGUGCCGCAUACCGUCCUUCGUUCUUCUUGGGCUUAAAUAUCAGGAAUAACUCCUUGAAAACUAGUUUAAAAAAAAAUAGAAAUCUGGAUCUGUUCUGAUGUGAUGUUUGUAAGAUUUUAAUGGUGUGAGGGCUCCGCAUCAGGGACUUAAAACACCCCCACCCAUCAUCAUAUCCGUCCUUACUGUAAGUACACGCUGACUGAGCCUUGCCGCGCGCACAGCCGUCUGCAGGCCUCUGAUUGGUGGCUCGCAGAGAUCUCCCGCCUUCUGAACCUUCUCAUGCCGCUAUUCCGCCCUUCUCAUUGGGACUUUAGAUGAAGUACCAGGCCAAUGAAGUGCACAUUUGUGAAAGGGAAGGAAAACAAGGCAACGCUUUUUAGCAGCUUUUACUCAUGACGAUGUGGCAUGCGUUAAUUUUCCGCCCACACCAGUUAAUUAUAAAACCUUUAUUCCAGCGCAGCUCCGGACGAAUGUUUUGGGAUUGUCAUACUGGUGUGUUGAAGCUUUUCUUCCUGGCCUCCAUCCAUCUUCCCCCUCCUGUCUAAGCAGCCUCCCUGUCCUCACCGUUUAGCCUCGUGUUUGCUGCAUGGCCUGUGGUGAACUGGAAGCAGUUCUUGUAGUUUUCUUUAUACAGCGGCUUUCUUUUUACCGCUCCUCCAUUAAAAUUUUAGACUCACCUGAACUGUGGAUUGCUGCAGCUCCUACGGCGCGAAUGUGGUCCUCCUGCCCAAUGACCGCUGGAGAUGCAGCUAUGGAUAAUGGAUGGAUGGAAAGUAAAGGAUGCCAACCAUAGUUGCACGUCACAAGUGUUAAAAAAAAACAUGCAGUUUUCCUUCCACUUCAGAAGUCUGCGCUACUUUGUGCUGAUCUGUCACAUAAAGUCCCCCAAAAAACACAUUUCUCCUCUUUGAGGAGAGCGUGAACAGGAGCGUUGAUACUUUUGGAAGGUGCUGAUGCCUGGACAUUAUAAAUGUGCUGCGUUUGUGUGCCAGAUAUAUGUGUGUACAUGAAGGGGAAUAUAUAUGAAGCUGCUAAAUUUAGCUGUUGACACAGCAGCAGAAAAUCGAAUCUAGUGUCUUUUGUCGCCCUCAGCUAGUAACAAGUGCAUUGUUAGCAGGAGAGAAAGUAAAGAGUGCUAGAGGUACUUCGUCAUCUCUUCGUAAUUGCUGAUAAAUUUGAAUACGUGUUUAGUUUUAAAAUAUCCAGUUAUGGUCAUUCAAGACAUCAAACUUUAUUUUUUGUAAAAAAAUAAAAAGAUUUUGUUGUUUUUUCACCAGGUUUUCUAUUUCAGUGCUGAUCAUUGAUCAGUUUGGGAAAUUAAAAACUUUACAUUUCUCUUUUUACACAUCUCUGCAGUUUGUCUUGGACAUAUUUACUUUAGAAUAAGUUGCACGGAGGGGGGAAGUAAUAAUAAUAAUAAUAAUAAUAAUAAUAAUAAUAAUAAUAAUAAUAAUAAUAAUAAAGAGAAGAUCAUUCAGUCAUAACAUAAUUACGCCUUUUUUUUUUAUUAAGGAGAGCCAAUAUAAAGCCCUGAACAUUAGUGCCAUUUCACAACUGGGUCUUGCAAGAAACCCAACUGUAAAUAGAUUAAUUUAGUGCCAGCAUUUUAGUUUACUUUGUUCUGACAAAAAAAAUGAUAAAAGUUCAGCUUUGACCCAAAUAAAACCUCACCAACACAUUAAAAAAGACUCUCCUGGUCACUGAUAUGCUCUUUAAUUAUAGAAAUGUACAUUUGUGUUGCUGGACAGAAGUUUAUCGCUUCUUUAAAGCGAUACUUUUAAAAAACAACGUAAACCCCACACAUUGAUGGUCAGUUUCACCACUUCCACCUCAAAUCACAGUAAUAUUUCUGUUUGUUACUUUACUAGAAGGGAUUUUAUGACACGUUUGUGUCUUAGUACUUGCAAUGUUAUCAAAAAUAUUUAGACAAAU